CCAAGAUUCAAGAUGGAGGAAUCGGAACAGACCGCACAAGCUAACACUGUAGAGGAGCCACUAGAUCUGGUGCGGCUGAGUCUCGACGAAAGAAUAUACGUCAAGAUGAGGAAUGAUCGGGAGCUGCUGGGGAGACUUCAUGCAUAUGAUCAACAUUUGAACAUGAUUCUCGGUGAAGUUGAAGAGACCGUCACAACACUCGAAAUCGAUGAAGAAACAUUUGAAGAAAUUUAUAAGUCGACAAAGCGGAAUAUUCCGAUGCUGUUCGUCCGGGGAGAUGGUGUUAUUUUGGUCUCUCCGCCAAAGAGGAACGUAUGAACACUCUCUCGUCUUCUUCUUAAGGACCUUUGUUUGUGAGUCGUCGGAUAUCAACAGGGAAAAGACAGAGAACUAAUGACAGAAUGUGCUACUUCAUGUACUAUUACGAUGCAGCUCCCAAUUUAAAGACUUCAUUAUGAAUACUUGAUAGUGUUAGUGAGAAAGGAAUUUGAACUGGGCAAGUGUCUGAGAAUGGGUUACGUUUUUCUAUAGAUCAAGCGAUCUAGAGAAAAAAAUUUUUAUGAUGUCACGUGCUGUGACGUUUCUUAUCAAUAUGGGGAAAAAUAGAGUCUAAUGGAAAUUGUAUUGGAGGAUCAAUUAGGUUACUCACUUUGUCUGCAUGGCAGGUGUCUUCUGAGUGGGCUACAGGGGCAUUCAUGUCACUUUUUCUUCUUACCCUGGUGUCAUGUCUUUAAGUCUGAGUUGAUGAAAUAGCUUGUGACGUGAAACAAGGAAUGUGACGUCGUAAAUCUUAUGUAAACUUUGCCUUAUGGAUGAAUAUUGACAGUUAUCAUAUCAGGUUGCUGCUAGAGCUUUGGACAGUAACAGUCAUGUGUUCAUUGUUGAGGGUUUUGUAUGUUUUGUACACAGAUGAAAUAAACCAUAAAAGUAACUA